AUGGCCUCUGCUCUCCUGGAGCUGGAAGUCCAUGAGGAAGAGAGACAAGGACAUCAGCAGUUAGAGCAGAAGAAUGAUGAAGAUAAGCUGACCUGGAAAGAUCGUUUCCCGGGUUACUUGGUGAACUUCGCCUCCAUCUUAUUCAUGAUUGCCCUGACGUUCUCCAUUGUCUUUGGAGUCAUUGUGUAUCGCAUCACGACCGCUGCGGCCCUGUCUCUCAACAAGUCCACACGCUCCAAUGUCCGGGUGACAGUGACAGCAACGGCGGUCAUCAUCAACCUCGUGGUCAUCCUCAUCCUGGACGAGAUCUAUGGCGCUGUGGCCACGUGGCUCACCAAAAUCGAGGUUCCCAAAACAGAACAGACUUUUGAAGAACGCCUGAUACUCAAAGCUUUCUUGCUAAAGUUUGUCAAUGCCUACUCACCCAUCUUCUAUGUGGCCUUUUUCAAGGGGAGGUUCGUGGGCAGACCUGGAAGCUAUGUCUACGUGUUCGAUGGUUACCGCAUGGAAGAGUGUGCUCCGGGGGGCUGCCUCAUGGAGCUCUGCAUUCAGCUCAGCAUCAUCAUGUUGGGGAAGCAGCUGAUCCAGAACAACAUCUUUGAGAUUGGAGUCCCGAAGCUAAAGAAACUAUUUCGGAAGCUGAAAGAUGAGACAGAACCUGGAGAAACUGACUCUGCCCACUCAAAGCAUCCAGAGCAGUGGGACCUAGACUACAGCUUGGAGCCAUACACUGGACUGACUCCAGAGUACAUGGAGAUGAUCAUCCAGUUUGGCUUUGUCACCCUCUUUGUGGCCUCCUUUCCUCUGGCACCUGUGUUCGCCCUUCUCAACAAUGUCAUUGAAGUACGGCUUGAUGCAAAGAAGUUUGUGACCGAGCUGAGACGGCCAGAUGCCGUGAGAACCAAAGAUAUUGGGAUUUGGUUUGACAUUCUCUCUGGGAUCGGCAAGUUCUCCGUUAUCAGCAAUGCUUUUGUCAUUGCUGUCACCUCCGACUUUAUCCCCCGCCUUGUGUACCAGUACGCCUAUAGUCACAACGGGACCCUGCACGGCUUUGUCAACCACACCCUCUCCUUUUUCAACGUCAGCCAGCUGAAGGAAGGAACGCAGCCAGAAAACUCACAGUUUGACCAAGAGGUUCAAUUCUGCAGGUUUAAGGAUUACCGAGAGCCGCCUUGGGCCCCGAACCCAUAUGAGUUUUCCAAACAGUACUGGGCCAUUCUGUCUGCCCGUCUGGCUUUCGUCAUCAUCUUCCAGAACCUCGUGAUGUUCCUGAGUGUCCUCGUGGACUGGAUGAUUCCUGACAUCCCCACGGACAUCAGCGACCAGAUCAAGAAAGAGAAGGGCUUGUUGGUGGACUUCUUCCUGAAAGAGGAGCAUGAGAAACUCAAGCUGACGGACGAGCCAGCCCAGAGGAGCCUGGGAGGGGGGUGGCGCAGCACGAGCCGGGCGCCCAGCUCUGCACCCUCGGGCCGGAGCCAGCCAGGCAGCAUUGCAUCCUCUGGUUCUCAGCACACAAACGUGUGAGCGAGCCAGCCCC